CCAAAUUCCGAAAACAGACGGUUGUCGGGAAACGACUCGACCUCUCGUCCCUGUCUUAUAAAUUCCCAUCCUCUGUCCGCUUCUUAGUCAAUCGAGCGAUCAGACAGCAGUUUUCAUCAACGAUUCACAGCCAACAAACAGAAAUCUGAAGUCUUCAAGUGCCCUGUUCAAGCAGACAACAAUGUCGCUGAUUCCGAGCUGGUUCGGUGGGCGAAGGAGCGAUGUCGUCGACCCAUUCUCCCUCGACCUCUGGGACCCCUUCAAGGACUUCCCUUUCCCAAACUCCACCUCCCUCUCGGCUAAUUUCCGGGAGAACUCGGCGUUCGUGAACACGAGGAUCGACUGGAAAGAGACCCCGGAGGCGCACGUGUUCAAGGCGGACCUGCCGGGGCUGAAGACGGAGGAGGUGAAGGUAGAAGUCGAGGAUGAUCGGGUUCUCCAGAUCAGCGGUGAGAGGAAUGUCGAGAAGGAGGACAAGAAUGAUACUUGGCACCGUGUGGAGCGGAGUUCCGGCAAGUUCUCGAGGAGGUUUAGGCUCCCCGAGAACGCGAGGAUGGAUCAGGUCAAGGCCUCCAUGGAGAAUGGGGUGCUCACCGUCACCGUCCCGAAGGCCGAAGAGAAGAAGCCGGAGGUUAAGGCCAUUGAGAUCUCGGGUUGAGGUUUCAAUAUUUGGGGUUCUGAGCAAGGAAGUGUAUCUUUUGUUGGAGUCGAGUUAUCUAGUUUUGAUCUGAGUCAUGUGAUGUGUGCAGAUAUAUGUUGAUGAUUAUGUGUGUAAUUUCUGGUCCCUUGGUGUUAUGUGUAUCGCUAUGUAAUUAAGGUUUAAUUGCUAAUCAUUAUGUUGUAAGUUGUGAUCAGUUCUCGCCUUGACCAUA